AUGGCGGGCACAUUUCGACACGUAAAAGCUACGUUUUUAGUCACCAAGAAGGAGGGACUCAGUGACGAAGAGUUUCGGAAGCAUUACACCGACGUCCACGCUCCUAUGGCCAUCGAAGUCUGCAAGCGACACGGCGCUCUCGACUACUCCGUUGCGGAGAAGGCGACCGCUCGAGCUGCUUUCGGGGAGAAUGCCACCUUCAUCAGCUGCGAUGCCGUCACGACGUUCAUCUUUCCCGACAUGAAAUCGCUCGUUGAAUCGUUUGCGGACCCAGAAUAUGCGGCGAAGCUGGCUCCCGACGAGAGCACGUUCACUGAUAGGUCAAAAUCGCAAUUCGCUGUAAGCAACGAAUUUGUGGUGUUGGCCAACGGACGGGAUUCAGUGCCGAGUUGA